AUGACGAUCGCUAAUCCAAAAGAUGUUCUCCAUACUGUGAACUUCGUCACACAGGUUCUAUGUAUCCCUAUAUGUACUGCCUUUGUGGCGUUGCGCUUUUACACCCGAUUACGGUUUAAGCAGGGUCUUGGAAUCGAAGAUGCUGCUUGUACUAUCGCUUGGGCUUUGUUUAUGGGAUACUGCGGAAUCAGUAUCGUCGUCGGCAAAUAUGGCGGUGGUUACAACAUCGGAGACGUUUCAGAUGCCGACCAGAUCCAAUUCAAAAAGAUGUGCUACAUCGCCACUAUCCUUUAUUGCCCAAUGGCUCUUUUCACUAAAGUCGCCCUUCUCUCCAUCCUGACUCGCAUCUUCAAGCCUUACCGCGGUAAGGUGAUGUUCAUCUACAUCUUUCUCGCUUGUCUCUGCACAUACUAUACCGUCGCCCUGAUCGUGAAGAUCCGCAUGUGCAAUCCCAUCCCUCGCUACUGGCUCGGAGAAAGUGAGCCUGGAUCCUGCCUCGACCAGACGGCUGCCUUGAUUGCCGAUUCCGUCAUCAGUGUCGUCAGUGAUAUCAUCAUUCUCGUCCUUCCCCUGCCCCUGACCUGGUCGUUGCAAAUGUCGCGGAACCGGAAGCUCCGGGUUAUGGGUAUUCUGGGUGCGGGUGGUCUCGCCACCGCGUUCAGUUUGUACCGAUUGGUCCUGGUGCUGCGGGAUGGUAGCUCCGCUAAUCAGACUAUUUUCUUUGUUGUUGUUAUCAUGUCGGGUAAUGCCGAGGGUGGUAUGGGUCUGAUCUGCGCUUGUCUUCCCGUUCUCAACGUUCUCAUUGCUUUCUACAAGAAGAACUACUCUUCGCAAAAAUACUAUAACCAGAGCUCCGAGCUCCAGCUCGCCGACCGGAAGUCCGGUAACAAUUCCAAGGUCGGGUGGGAGAAGGCGCCUAACUUUGGCGACCAAAGCCAUCUCAUUUCUUACGCCGGUGGUCCGGAGACGAAUGAUUCUAGCGUUUUCGACGGAAUCAGAAAGACCGUUGCGGUGGAGCAGACUAUCGAAAGUGCCAGUGUGGCUGCUGCCAGCGCGGAUAGCUCUAGUCGAUAG